AUGGAUGAGAUACGGAGUGCAAAUCCGGAUCUUGUUGAGUAUCUGGAGGAAGUCGAUGUGAGCCUAUGGUCAAGGGUUCAUUGUCAGGGAGACAUGUACAACUUAAAAACGAGCAAUAUCGCUGAAUCAAUUAACUCCGCACUGAAGCGAGCAAGAGGAUUUCCUAUUCAGUUCCUGCUAGAGUUCAUAAGGGAGAAGCUAGGAAGGUGGUACUGGAAAAGGAGAGGAGAUGCUUUGAGUCUUACAACUCAACAUAGUCGGGGUGUUGAACACUUGCUUGCUGUCCGAGAGGAGAACGCGUAUACUCUGAGAGUCCAACAAAUUGAUGGAUGGAAGUUCUUUGUGAAAGGUGGCAAUAGGGACUGUAAUGUUGAUAUGGAACUUCAAAAGUGUGAUUGUGGUGUCUAUCAAGUCGAGAAAAUACCUUGCUCCCAUGCUAUAGCAGUUGGAACAGCAGCUGGUGUGCAUAUCUCCACACUUGUAUGGCCGGUCUACUCAAAGGAUACUUUGUUUGCAGGAUACUCAGAGAAUAUAUAUCCUUGUGUUGGACAACUUGUUGAGGCACACUUUAUGUUUUAUGAACUUAUCUGA